UACCAAGUCACAGGCGCCAUCUUGGAAAAGUUUGAAAAGGAAGCAUUUUAGGCUUUCAUAAACCUUAGAAUAAAUAUGGCUUUUCUUAACAAGAAGAAAUCAUUUAUUGGUGUGGAUGCCCCGUUAGGAUAUGUUCCUGGUCUUGGCAGGGGGGCAACAGGCUUUACGACACGUUCAGAUAUUGGUCCAGCUCGUGAAGCUACAGACGUGAGUGAUGAACGUCACAUGAAUGUUCAGAAGAAGAAGGACGAUGAUGAUGAGGAAGAUCUUAAUGAUACAAAUUAUGAUGAGUUUGCUGGUUAUGGUGGUAGUUUAUUUACAAGUGGUCCAUAUGAGAAAGAUGAUAUUGAAGCAGAUGCAAUAUAUGAAGCUAUUGAUAAGAGGAUGGAUGACAGACGAAAAGAAAGGAGAGAGAAAAAAUUCAAGGAAGUUGUUGAGAAAUAUCGUCAAGAAAGACCAAAGAUUCAGCAACAGUUCUCUGAUUUAAAGAGAAAGCUUACGGAUGUUACAAAAGACGACUGGGACAACAUUCCUGAAGUGGGCGAUGCAAGAAAUAAGAAACAGAGAAAUCCAAGAACUGAGAAAUUUACACCAGUUCCAGAUAGUCUUAUAAAGAGUACAAUCAGAAGUGGUGAGACUCAUGCUGCACUAGAUCACAGACAGCAGCUCCUCGCUGGCUUCCAAACACCAUAUCCUGGUGCGGUCACACCAGGUUUCUCUACGCCAUCUGGUGACCUGGAUCUCACCAAGAUUGGCGAGGCUCGUAAAUCCUUGGUUGGCGUCAAACUUGAUCAGGCAUCAGAUUCGGUGACUGGGCAAACUGUUGUUGACCCAAAAGGUUAUUUAACCGACCUUCAGAGUUUGACUCCAGCUUCGGGAGGAGAUAUUGGUGACAUCAAGAAAGCUCGUCUCUUGCUAAAGUCAGUGACAACAACCAACCCUCACCAUGGUCCAGGUUGGAUAGCGGCAGCUCGCUUGGAAGAGGUGACUGGUCGAAUGCAGUCUGCGAGGAAUAUCAUUAUGAAAGGAACUGAAGUGUGUAGUAAAGAUGAAGAUGUUUGGUUAGAGGCUGUGAGACUACAGCCGUCUGAGAACAGCAAAGCAACAGUAGCCCAGGCAGUUCGAAAUCUUCCGCACUCUGUUCGUCUUUGGAUAAAAGCAGCUGAACUAGAGACGGAGAUAAAGGCGAAGAAACGCGUUUAUAGAAAAGCCUUGGAGCAGAUUCCCAACUCAGUUCGACUCUGGAAGUUGUCCGUUGAGUUGGAAGAUCCUGAUGAUGCCUGCAUCUUACUUAGUAGAGCUGUUGAGUGUUGUCCUCAAAGUGUUGAGCUGUGGCUGGCUUUGGCCAGACUAGAGGUGUAUGAAAACGCGAGAAAAGUGUUAAACAAAGCUCGUGAAAAUAUCCCAACUGACAGACAGAUUUGGAUCACAGCUGCUAAACUGGAGGAAGCCAACGGCAACACCAACAUGGUCACGAAAAUCAUUGACAGAGCUGUAACCUCGUUGGUAGCAAAUGGAGUGGAAAUCAACAGAGAUCAAUGGAUCAAAGAUGCAGAGGAAAGCGAGAAAUCUGGAAGCGUCGAAACAUGUCAAGCUAUCAUUCGCGCUGUCAUUGGAGUUGGUAUUGAAGAAGAGGAUAGAAAACACACGUGGUUGGAUGAUGCUGAGAGUUGUGUGGCAAACAACGCUUACGAAUGUGCUAGGGCUAUCUAUGCCCAUACCCUGACCGUGUUUCCAAGCAAGAAGGGAGCCUGGUUACGAGCUGCUUUCUUUGAGAAGAAUCAUGGAACAAGAGAGUCUCUUGAAGCACUCUUACAGAAUGCUGUGAAAUAUUGUCCAAAGGCUGAACAACUUUGGUUGAUGGGAGCCAAAUCAAAAUGGAUGGCGGGAGAUGUUCCUGCAGCCAGAUCCAUCCUUGCUUUGGCUUUCCAAGCAAACCCAAACAGCGAAGAGAUUUGGUUGGCGGCUGUGAAACUGGAGAGCGAGAAUAAUGAAGAUCAGAGGGCAAGGAAAUUGCUUCAGAGAGCAAGAAUGAACGCUUGCACUGCUCGCGUGAUGAUGAAGUCUGCGAAACUAGAGUGGGUUCUAGGAAACAUUAAAGAGGCCAUCACAUUAUUGACUGAAGGUGUCCAGAAAUAUCCAGACUUUCCUAAGUUAUGGAUGAUGAAAGGACAAAUUUACGAACAAGAAAAUAACGAGGAGGAUGCCAGAGAGACGUAUAAACAAGGGGUGAAGAAAUGCCCGACGUCCGUUCCUUUGUGGAUUUUGCGCUCACGAGUUGAAGAAAAAGCAGGUUUAUCGACAAAAGCGAGGUCUGUGUUGGAGCAGGCGAGACAAAGAAACCCAAAAUGUCCUGAAUUGUGGUUGGAAGCUGCCAGAAUUGAAAUACGAGGAGAUAAUAAGGAAUUCGCGAAGAAAUUAAUGGCUAAAGCGAUCCAGGAAUGUACAACUUCAGGAAUUCUUUGGGCCGAAGCGAUUUUCAUGGAAGCAAGACCUCAGCGAAAAACGAAAAGCGUCGAUGCUUUGAAACGUUGUGAACACGAUCCUCACGUCCUUCUGGCUGUUGCAAAGUUGUUCUGGAGUGAGAGGAAGGUGACAAAGGCCAGAGAAUGGUUCAACAGAGCGAUCAAACUAGAUCCAGAUCUUGGAGACACUUGGGCUUACUUUUAUAAGUUUGAAUUGCAACACGGCACAGAGAGCCAACAAGAACAGGUUUUGAAGCGCUGUGAGGCUGCUGAACCUCAUCAUGGCGAGACCUGGUGUGCUCGCUCUAAAGCCGUUAAAAACUGGAGGAAGAAAACUAAGGACAUUUUACAAAACGUCGCAAAACAUUUGAAACCAAUUGAUAGAGAAUAAGUUAGUAUUAAUGGUGGUAGUGCCUUUACGUCACCAGGGCUUAUGCUGAUCAGUGCACUAAUGAUGCUAAUAGGCUGGUAAUCCAUUGAAAUCUUGCGGAGAACUAUCUAGUUUAAUCAACUGUCUUUGGAUUUAUCUUCUGGAUUUGUCUAUGAUGGAACAAUUUGAUGGAACUAUAAUACAUCGCAUCAUUUGUAAAUAAAAAUAAAAUUCAAUUCAAAGUGAAAUCUCUCAAUCCCCCCCCUGAAAAUGGUUUCCUCCAUUUUGAUUGGUUAAGAAUUUUUGCGCUCGAAGAUAAAAUCAUGAAUUGCAAACUUUACUAAAUCUGCAAAGUUUCCUUGAAUUAACCUGAAUAAAAUGAAAUAUUUUCAUCUAUGGACUGUGAAAGGCGAAGCUAAAGUCCACAAAGAGACAAAGUGAUGUAGAAACGAGUUAAUGAAAUAAUGGAGUAUCAGAUGUGACCAUUAAACACACGACAUUCAACCCUCGCCUCCCACAUGAUGAAUAAUUCAAUUCAAAAUUGAGUGGGUUGACAGACUGCCUCCACGCCCAUAUUUAACAUGACGUCAUGCUGGGUUGAUUCUAUAUCGUAACGCUCAUUAGGCGAUAUUAAAAUUAAAAGGAUAACGAAAUAGCAGGUGCUGUUGAGAACUCAAAAAGUAUCGAAUGACUUGGCAAUCUGAUGCU